AGAGAGAGAGAUGGGAAGGAGUCCAUGUUGCUCCAAGGUAGGACUCAACAAAGGAGCUUGGACUGUUUUAGAAGACAAAAUCCUCACAGCUUACAUCGAAGCACAUGGAGAGGGUCAAUGGAGAAACCUUCCAAAAAAAGCUGGUUUGAAGAGGUGUGGAAAGAGUUGCAGACUUAGAUGGCUGAAUUAUCUAAGGCCAGACAUUAAGAGAGGUAACAUCUCUCCUGAUGAAGAGGACCUCAUCAUCAGACUCCAUAAACUUCUUGGCAACAGAUGGUCUCUCAUAGCUGGGAGGCUUCCCGGGAGAACAGACAAUGAAAUAAAGAACUACUGGAACACUACUUUAUGCAAGAAACUUAAUAAAGAAACCAAAGUCAAGUCAAGCUCCUACUCCGGCGAUGAUGAAGAAAAAGCCACCAAAAAAAGCAACCGAGUGUCGUCGGAUUCAGACGCCGGUGGUGGUGGGACCACCCAAGUGAUAAGAACCAGGGCCAGUAGGUGCACCAAAGUGGUCAUUCCAACACCAACAACAACACCCCUUAGUACAGCCACCAUAGCUGGCCCACCACCACCAUUAUUACAAGACCACGACCAUGGCGACUGCAGUGGGGUGGAUGAUUUUGGAGCAGUGCCGAUGCCCUGCGACGACACCGUUUUGAUGAAUAAUAAUUGGACUACAGCGGUGGUUGAUGAUUGUGAUCCAAUCAACAGUAGUACUGUUUUUAAUAAUUGUCUCUGCGAGGAAAAGAAUGACGAUGAUUAUGGCAUGUUAUUUGAUUUUGAUUUGGACUCGUUUUUGGUUGAAUCGUGUACUGAGUGGUUAUUAUGAGAAGAGAACGAAGAAAACAAAAUAGUCAAAAUGUGACAUCUUUUCUAGCUAGCUAUUCUAUUAGUUUCUGAGAGUAACCUAAUAAACAAUUAUAUGUAA